AUGCCGCGAGCUGAACAGAUUAAAGCGGAUGAGGUAACUAAGAUUUGGCAGUUGAAAGCUGAAGGUAAGCUUGUUCCAGAAAUUUCGGCUAUUAUUAAUAUAUCAAAGAAAUCUAUUUAUCGAGUUUUAUCAAGUCACUGCAAUUUUAAAGCAAAACGCAGAUCUGGGAGGCCGCGUGUGACGAAUAAACGGGAUGAUCGUCAGAUCCAAAGACUAGCAAGUACCCAACAAAUGACUGUUCGUGAAGUUCAAAACUCCUUGGGGCUUUCGGUAUCAAAGGAUACGAUUCGUAGACGAAUUUUGGAAACAAGGACAAUGGUUCACCGCAAAAUGGAAAAGAAAACAGCUCUAAAGGCACAUCAUAAAUCACAACGAAUGUUGUGGGCUCGAAAUCAUAUGCCAUGUGGAUCGAAAUGGAUAUCAACUACUGGACAUCGUACUGGCAUGACUUAUGGAAGGAACUCAGAUGUUUUUUUUAGUCACCGACAAGAUGGUGGCUCUGUGAUGGUUUGGGCAGCGUGUUGCUACAAUGGACAAGUGUCUUUGACCUUUACCAGUGGUCGCCAAACAUCACAGCAUUACACUAAAACACCAGAAGAUAAUCUCCUACCAUUUUCUGAACUUUUAGAAGGCCCUCACUGA